CUGUAGAACGCAGCUUGCUCAAGUCAGACACUUUAACAUUGCUGAUUACUAACAAUUCUAUCAGCCGUUGAUGACAAUCAUCUGCGGUAUACCUGCGAGCUUUUCACCUCUCAGACAGUAACAGAAACUGCUGUUGUCUGUCUGCUCAGGUAUUUCCCGUCUCUAUGACCAUAUGAGGAACCCGGAACCCGCGCACCUGUGAGCUGACGUCACACGCUGAAAGUACCUGCAGGGACUCGCCCCGCUGAGCGCCUCACUUACGGAAAGUACCUUGAGGAGAGAGGAGGACGACGCCACGACGAGAAUUCACAGAGGAAUAUAUUCAUAAUUCGUUUGUUUUUUAAUUUUGCUCCACUUUCUACUUGCGAGGUAUAUUGAAAGAGGAUUUACAGACCGAUGGGGACCGCUCGGUUCGCGGUUUUGGGCGUUUUAAUCAUCGUUUUUCAGGCCUCAGCUCCACUAACUGCUGAGGAGACAACAUGUGUACCUGGAUUCGACUCAAGUAUGUUGAUUUUCAAAAUGGCCACAAAGCACCUGAGGCGAGGCACAAGACUGGGCAAAGUGGACUUCACUGAUUGCACAAACCGCACAAGAUUUCCUUUCGCAAUUGAUGACACACGCUUCAGGGUUCAGACAAAUGGCGUGAUAACUGUAUACAGACAGGUUGUUCUUCAUAAAGCACAGGACUUUAACAUAUCCACUUGGGAUGCACAAGGUCGCAAAAUGUCUGUUCCUGUCAGGGUAGUGCACAAUGGGAAGCACCAUGGGAACGACCAUGGGCAGCGUCAUGGGAACGACCAUGGGCAGCAUCAUGGGAAUCACCAUGGGCAGCAUCAUGGGCAGCAUCAUGGGCAGCGUCAUGGGCAGCAUCAUGGGCAGCAUCAUGGGCAGCAUCAUGAGCAGCGUCAUGGGCAGCAUCAUGGGCAGCAUCAUGGGCAGCAUCAUGGGCAGCAUCAUGGGCAGCGUCAUGGGAACCACCAUGGGAAGCAUCAUGGGCAGCAACACCAAAAUGUUGAGCACCACCAUGUAGAAGACAAACACCAAAACCACUCUAACAACACAGAGAGUGCAGCUGAUCGACAGGUGCCCAUUCUACUUUUUCGAAAGUCAGUUAAAGGACUGAACAGGAGGAAAAGAGACUGGGUUAUUCCUGACCUCUCUGUUGUUGAGAAUGACAGAGGACCUUAUCCCCUCAAAGUAUCUCAGAUCCGCUCGAAUGAAGAUAAAAUAAAGAAGAUCUUUUACAGUAUCACUGGUCCAGGAGCCGAUCAGCCUCCAGUUGGUCUUUUCAACAUGGACAGAACAACUGGAAUUCUGUAUCUCACACAACCACUUGACCGAGAGAAGCAAGACAAAUAUACGUUUCUAGCACAUGCCGUGGCAGAAGGUGCAGGAACAGCUGAGGACCCCAUGGAUAUUGUCGUCAAUGUAAUUGACCAGAAUGACAACAAACCUGUUUUUGCUCAAGCCACCUUUGUGGGAGAAGUUGCUGAGGCCUCAGCAAUAGGUUAUGAGGUGAUCAGAGUUAACGCUACAGAUGCUGACCAGCAAAAUACUGACAACUCGGAUAUCCGCUACCGUAUACUGAGCCAGGAGCCAGCGUUGCCCAGUAGUCCCCUGUUUGUCAUCAACUCGGUCAAUGGAGUCAUCAGAGUGAAUUCUGGUGGUCUAGACAGAGAGAAAUAUCCACAGUACACUCUGACCGUGCAAGCAGCAGAUAGGGUAGGAGAAGGUCUGACUGGACAGGCAAAAGUAAUCCUCAAGGUGACAGAUAGCAACGACAACGCUCCACAGUUUACUCAGCCCUCUUAUGAGGCAUCAGUUGCAGAAAACAAAGUGGAUGCUCUGAUCGUCACAAUGUCAGUAACAGAUGGCGACGAGGUCCAUUCCCCAGCCUGGAAUGCCAAGUUCAAGAUUGUUGAUGGUGAUCCUGAAGGACUUUUUACAGUGAAAACAGCAAGUAACAAACAAGAGGGAAUCAUUACAACUGCCAAGGGUCUUGACUUUGAGAAGGUCAGCAAGCACACCCUGUUGGUUACAGUGGAGAAUGAGGUUCCUUUUGCGACUCCACUGCCUACUUCUACAGCCACAGUGGUGGUCAAUGUGGAGGAUGUUAAUGAAGCUCCAGUCUUUGAACCAAAAGAGAAGCUUGUGUCAAAACCGGAGGACCUUGCUGUCGACAGUGACGUGGUGCAGUACUUGGCUACUGAUCCAGACACUGCACGCAAACAGACAGUCAUGUAUAAAAUAAUUAGUGACCCUGCGGGCUGGCUGAACGUGGCCAAGGAUACAGGCCUGAUUACAGUGAAAGGCCUCAUGGACAGAGAGUCCCACUUUGUCAAGGACAACAAAUACACAGCACUCAUUGGUGCAUAUGAUGAUGAUGAAGUCCCAGCCACAGGAACUGGUACUCUGAUGAUCAAGCUUGAAGAUGUCAAUGACAAUGCACCCACCAUUUUAGAACGUGAAUUUAAGGUGUGUAACAGGCAGCCGUCUCCUCAGCUGCUGGGUGUAACAGAUAAAGAUGGACCGGGCUUUGCUGCUCCAUACAGAGUCUCUAUGCAGGGCAUGUCGAAGGCCAACUGGACCGCUAGGAUGAACGACACCAAAACGGGCAUCAUCCUGAAUUUAGCCAGAGAGCUGGAGAGUGGACACUACACGGUGGUCCUGAGGGUUGCAGACACCGAGGGUGUGGAGCAGGACAACACCAUUCAUGCUGAAGUGUGUGACUGCACUGGAGCUGAAGUGGUGUGUGCAGGGCUUAGGGAAGCUGGCACCAACCUGCCCGUCAUCCUAGGAAUACUUGCAGGCAUCCUGUUGCUACUGAUGCUGUCACUACUGCUUCUGCUGUUUGCAAGACGAAGGCGAGGAGAGAAGAAGGAGCCUCUACUGCAGGACAAUGACAUCAGAGACAACAUCUAUUACUAUGAUGAAGAGGGAGGUGGAGAGGAUGAUCAGGACUAUGAUCUGAGUGUUCUCCAUCGUGGUCUAGACAACCGCCCCGAGGUGUUCAGGAACGACGUGGUUCCCAAUUUCAUGCCUGCUCCUCAGUACCGUCCUCGCCCCGCCAACCCAGAAGAGAUCGGCAACUUCAUCGAUGAUAACCUGAAGGCAGCAGACAAUGACCCGACAGCGCCCCCCUAUGACUCCUUGCUGGUGUUUGACUAUGAGGGAGGUGGCUCUGAUGCAGGAAGCCUCUCCUCUCUGAAUUCAUCGAGCAGCGGGGACCAAGACUACGAUUGCCUCCAGGAGUGGGGUCCCCGCUUCAAGAAAUUGGCUGACAUGUACGGAGGUGGAGAAGAUGACAUGCUAUAAAUGUACCAAAGAAUGAACCCUAACAACUGAAAAGUGGAAUCACGCAUGGCUGUGUGUAUGUUAGAUUUAUGAAUGUGUGGCAGGAAAACUACUCGGUCUGCUAACAUAGCUAGUUGCUAUGUUGAUGUGCUGCUAGUUUUGUACUGUGGAUUGGUUUGCCUUUUCAGUGCAGUCCCAUUAACGGUUAACAGCCACUGCUCAGAAGCCAAAGGAUGAGUUCGUUUUUAUACACGAGUUCCACAUUUUCAGUGGUUAAGCUCUGUGUGCCUGUCUUAAUCUGUUUUCGACUCCUAGGCUAAAGACUAAAAAUGAUUUUUGUUUGUUUUCUGUUCACUGAGCUCUCAAGCCACAGUGCAGAUUCUUUAGCCUGUGUGACAGCUAACACAAUGACACUGGACACAUGCACACAGAGGCUUACACCUGCACUAGAAACAUUUGGCAGUGUAUGUAUUACAUUUUCUUCUUUUAUUUUUGUUUGUUGUGAAGUUUGUACUACUGUUUUGUAUUUCUGUUUGAGAGAUUUAAUUAGAAAUGAUCAAGAGAUCAAUGAUACAGGUAGUCAGCCAAUGGUACGUUACCCUGAGUGCUCGAUGCGUUAUCAAUAAAUGCUUUUUAAAAAUGUUUAGUAAGAGUUUGUUCAGUUGAUGUUGUCUUUAUUUACACUGCAUUGUCAAAAAUAUUCUUACAGUUAACUCCAAAGGUACUUUAUUAUUAAUGCUUUGUUGAAUUGGAUUUUUUUAAAAUAAAGUUAUCUUAAUACAAUGA